UUAGGUCUCUGUCUUUAUCCAGUUCAAUCAACAGCACUUACCAAAUACCGGACGCAUGUCUUGCUUCUUCAACCACACAUCACAAAGCUCCAGACACAAAUACAAAUUUAAUAUAUGUCAUUUUUUUUAUGUUCUCUACUCUAUCUUAGUUAUUUUAGAACAAUUAUCAAUAAUCAGCAGAAAUCAAAGGUUUAAUUCUCUCAUCUUUUAUUACCAUAUAAAGUAUAGUAAUCCCCAAAAUGAUGAUGAAUUUUCCUACGAUAGCCAUAAGAUAGGAUUAAUUAGUAUUUCAUCUUGAUCCAACACUUUGAAGAUGACUAUCACCAAAGUCUACAUUGUAUAUUAUUCAUUGUAUGGACAUGUGGACACUAUGGCAAGAGAAGUACACAAGGGAGCAGCUUCAAUUGAAGGUGUUGAAGCAACACUCUGGAGGGUACCCGAGAUUCUGUCAGAUCGAAUAUUGGAAAAGAUGAAAGCCCCUCCUAAACCAGAUGAUAUAGCUGACAUCAGACCAGAACAACUUGUGGAAGCAGACGCUUUGAUAUUUGGUUUUCCUUCUCGUUUCGGUAUGAUGCCAAGCCAGCUCAAGGCUUUCUUUGAUGCUACUGGUGAGUUGUGGGCGACUCAAGCACUCGCAGGCAAACCUGCUGGAAUCUUCUGGAGUACUGGAUUUUAUGGGGGAGGCCAAGAACUGUCGGCAUGGACCGCUAUAACUCAGUUAGCUCAUCAUGGUAUGCUUUUUGUUCCUCUUGGAUACACUUUUGGCAGUGGCAUGUUCGAGAUGGAUGAGGUAAAAGGAGGCUCGGCGUACGGUGCUGGAACUUUCGCAGGCGAUGGAACUCGUCAACCGACGGAGCUAGAGCUUCAGCAGGCCUUUUACCAGGGUAAAUACAUUGCUGAAAUUGCAAAAAAGUUGAAAAGUUAACUUUCCUGUAUAUCACAUUCACAUGUACUCAACAAUAUAUUAUGUAAGUUUCCAUCCUUUUACUAGUAUUGUGGCUGCAGGGUUGCCUUUUUGUCAGAAACUCUCAAAUUAUGCUAAUGCAAUUAAUAAGAAAAUUGUUAAAGAAA